AUUUCGUCCUGGGCACAGGGCAGGUAAGACACGCGGGAGAGAACAUAAGAAGAGUGAACACCUUUUUUAGGUGCUCAGCGCAUACCAAGCGGCGAUGCAACAGAUUUGUGCAGUUUUUUAGGUGGAAUAUUUUUGUCCAUUUAUUGGAUCCAUUUUUGGAGGGGGAAUGGCAUGUCUUAUGGCAGCAUUUUCUGUGAAUAACGCCACUGUCACUAACUCCAUCCUAAUGAACACCAAUGGGCCUCCUGAUCUGAUGCUGGACCCCAGGACUGUAUGUGUAUCUCUUGAUGAAGUGGUAUCCAAUCAUUUGAGCAGUCAACAUACUCCAUUAUUAAAUGGGCAUCUCAAGAAAGUGGAGAACAGUCUAACUGAAGCCCAACGUUUUUCCUACCUGCCACAUCGACCAGCAGUUAACAUUGAAUUCAAAGAUGUCAGCUACUCAGUUCCAGAGGGACCAUGGUGGAGAAAGAAAGGUUACAAGACUCUGCUGAAAGGGAUCUCUGGAAAAUUCACCAGCGGCUGCCUGGUGGCCAUCAUGGGUCCCUCAGGAGCUGGGAAAUCUACGCUGAUGAACAUUCUGGCCGGCUACAGAGAGACCGGGAUGAAGGGGGAGAUCUUGAUCAAUGGGCAGCCUCGUGACCUACGCUCUUUCAGGAAGGUCUCGUGCUACAUCAUGCAGGACGACAUGCUUCUGCCUCACCUCACAGUACAGGAAGCCAUGAUGGUGUCUGCUAAUCUGAAGCUCCAGGAAAAGGAUGAGGGCAAGAGAGACAUGGUGAGGGACAUCCUGACGGCCCUGGGCCUGCUUGAGUGUGCGAAAACCCGAACGUCACAUCUAUCAGGGGGGCAGAGGAAAAGGCUGGCUAUCGCCCUGGAGCUUGUCAACAACCCUCCCGUCAUGUUUUUUGACGAACCCACCAGUGGCCUGGACAGUUCCUCCUGCUUCCAGGUGUUGUCUCUGCUGAAGGCCCUGGCCCAUGGUGGCCGCACCGUCAUCUGCACCAUCCACCAGCCCAGCGCCAAGCUCUUUGAGCUCUUCAACAAGCUGUAUGUCCUUAGUCAGGGCCAGUGUAUCUACAGAGGGAAUGUACCUAACCUGGUCCCCUAUCUUAGAGAGCUGGGGCUCAACUGCCCAACGUACCACAACCCUGCAGACUUUGUGAUGGAGGUGGCGUCUGGGGAGUAUGGAGAUCAGACGGCGCGUCUGGUGAAGGCCGUGCAGGAGAGGAAAUGUGAGCAGGUCUACAAGACAGACAUGAACAAUGGACCCCUCAAUCCCUUCCUGUGGCACAAAUCAUCUGAGGAGGACUCCUCUUCCAGUGAGGGCUGCCACAGUUUCUCGGCCAGUUGUCUGACUCAGUUCUGCAUCCUGUUCAAAAGGACGUUUCAAAGCAUUAUUAGAGAUACGGUGCUGACUCACCUAAGAAUCUGCUCUCACAUUGGAAUUGGGAUUCUGAUUGGCCUGCUCUACCUGGGCAUCGGCAACGACGCCAAGAAAGUGCUCAGCAACUCUGGCUUCCUCUUCUUCUCCAUGCUCUUCCUCAUGUUUGCUGCUCUAAUGCCUACUGUUCUGACCUUCCCUUUAGAGAUGGGAGUUUUCCUAAGAGAGCACUUGAACUACUGGUACAGUCUGAAGGCUUACUAUCUGGCCAAGACUAUGGCGGACCUCCCCUUCCAGAUAGUGUUCCCAGUCGCCUACUGCAGCAUCGUCUACUGGAUGACGUCCCAGCCGCCUGACGCUGUGCGUUUCAUCCUUUUCUUGGCCCUGGGAGUCCUCACCUCUCUCGUGGCUCAGUCUCUGGGCCUGCUAAUAGGAGCGGCUUCCACCUCUCUACAGGUUGCCACGUUUGUAGGUCCGGUGACUGCCAUACCCGUACUGCUUUUCUCUGGCUUCUUCGUCAGUUUCGACACAAUUCCGUGGUAUCUUCAGUGGAUGUCAUACAUUUCAUAUGUCAGGUAUGGCUUUGAAGGUGUCAUCCUCUCCAUCUAUGGCCUGGACCGGGAGGACCUCCACUGCAACAAGGAUGAAACAUGCCAUUUCCAGAAGUCGGAGGCCAUCUUGAAAGAGCUUGACGUGGAAGAUGCCAAACUGUACCUUGACUUCAUAGUGCUCGGCAUGUUCUUUGUGAGCCUCCGACUCCUCGCAUACUUUGUGCUGCGCUAUAAGAUCAGUGCAGAGAGGUAGACUGGAGAGUGGGGGUAGGAGGAAGAAGGCCUAGAUCGCUUGCAUGCUGGAAUACCGCUUCUGGAGACCUCCAGGCAGUGACCAGAAACACACCAUGCACACUGCAGAAAUUAUGGGUACACUAUGUGGCGGUGGCACGAAAGGGCUGGAUUUUGACACUUGACUGGCCAAUCAGAACAUUCUCCAUGGCUAAAUAUGUGGUUGCUUUACAGUCUUUUAUGUUUUGCAUUAUCAUCAACGCCAAUUUGAAUGUCAGUCCGCUAUAGCCUAGUUUGUUAAAUAGCCUAUAGAAACAAACUAACUAAAUGUAGGCCUACCCAUCUUUCCUAAAUAUAUUGAACAUGUUGGCAGUCCACAUUGCUCUAUCUAAUUGCAUUGCUUCAAUAUGGAAAUAUAUUAUUAAACAUAGCAUUCACACUGAUAUGAGCUAGGCCUACUGUAAAUGUCAUUAUGGCUGAGCCAUGGACAUACCAAACGUUGUCAAUAAGCAAGAUGUAAUUCACUAUUGAUGAGGCCUAAAAAGAGUGAAUCAUUCUAAUCAAAUUCUAAUCAAAAGAAAAAGUUGUUUUAAGUAGGCUAUGUCUAAAUACAUGUUUAAAUGUUUUGUAGUAAACAAGUGUUUCCAAUGACAUCAUCAACCAAUUAGUAGACCAUUAGUAGGAAAUGUUUACUCACAAUUGGUCAAAAUCACAUUAUGCACACCGAUGAUGUCAUUGGAAACACUUAUCUUCCUCUAUCUUUUUUUUACAACAAAACAUAGAAACUCACCAUUUUCACAUGUUGAUGUUGGGGUGAUGAUGAAUAUGAAGUUGGAAAAAAUGUGGUGUUUCCCUUUAAGGGUAGACUACAGGAUGGCUUGGUUUAUAAUCAUAUGAAACGGAAAACAAGCAAUUGUUACAGGAAAAUAAGUUCUAAAGGGUCACCAACAUUAUCUCAUCUCUCCUUUCAUGAUGGGCAUAUGGACACAAGUAGCCUGCGUGGAGUUUUUUUUUUACGCACGUCCAAAACGGGAGCUGGCUAAAAUUACAUACAUACAUACAUACAUAUAUAUAUAUUAUAUAAGGGGAUGUCCACUUAAUGUUUUUUCUGUUUUUCUGCUCCCAAACGUUCAUUUUUAAUUAAGCUUUGUUGGUUAAGAUGUAUUUCAAAGCGGUCUCACUAGCGAAACCCUUUAUUGUUAGGCUUGGCCACUUGGCGAACGCAUUGGGCAGGACAAAACAACUGCCUUCAUUGAGAGGAAGGGAGGAUUAUGCAAAAUGUUUAAUCAAAUGAAACCAAAUGAGAAAACAUAUCCUCUCUUCUUCCAUGAGUAUAAGGGUCACAGCUGGAUAGGUUGCGCUUCAGCUCACAAAAUCCUUGCCAUUACCAACCGCAAAGACCGGCUUUUCAUUGGUCUUAAACCUGGAGAGCCAGUUAACCACCGCCAUACCUGGCAUUCCAACUUCCACCAGGACACAAUCACAGAGAAGAGAAUCUAAUUGUGUGCCCAGUGACACCAGCGUGCAGCAGGGGCUCCCCUCUCUGGUGGCGAAUUAACCGGUGUCUCCCGAUAUGCGCUGCAUGAAAUUGUCACUUUUGAACUUGUUUUCAAGGGCACGCCUAAAAUAUUUACACAGCGCAAGCAACCUGAUAUUAGACUGAUGCGCUGCUGAACCUGGCACAUGGGGUGGAAAACGCCAAAGCGACAGUUUUUACAUGCUGAAUUUGUGCGUUUGGCACUUGUGCCGCGUAGCUCCAGCCGAAAAUAGAGCUUAUUCUCUUUUGAUAGGUUUGCUCCCUGUGAAAAGGAAAUGAUAUGACCUCAUGGCAUCUUGUCAAUAUACAUGGCUUUCAUUUGUUUACCAUAGUGAGAGGAACAUGCACUGGCCACAUGUGUAAACCUAAAAAAUAUUGGAAUGAAUAGCAAAGGAAUGCAUUAAAGUGAUAGUUCACCCAAAUUAAAAAAUUACAUUGGUUUUCUUACCCUGUAAGUAGUCUAUGGACAAGUUAAGACAGCAAUCCAUGCUUUGGUUUUGUUUAUUGGACCACUGUCUCCAAAUGCUAACUUUUUAGCAUUCAUGUCAUAAUUUCAAUAUGUCGUUAGGGUGAACUAUCCCUUUAAAUUGUGAAUUAGGCAUUAAAACGAUGUACAGGUUGCAUAACAUGACAGCAGAACUGCAUGAAACAAAUUAAGCUGCUUAAUCUCUUUAGUGGUUUACUUAUAUGGCCUGAAAAAUAUACUUUAUAUAUUUUUAAUUAAAUAUCAGACAAUUUCAUACUGCCUUUGACAACCUAAGAUUAUAUUCUCAUCAUCUGUAAGGUUCUACUGACGACAGGGUUGGGGUCAAAGUAUUAUUGAAUUGGAAUUUGAGUUAACUUCCCGAAUUGACCGACUUCAAUUCGAAUUGACCGACUUCAUUUCGAAUUGACCCCAACCCUGACAGACAAACACUCCGCUGGACAUAGUCAUGGUUACAACACACCAUCCAUAUGCAUUAAAACAUAUGGAACCAGCUGCACAUUGGAACUAAUAAUGUUGAUUCAAUUGCACGUCAAUAUUGAUUAUCAAGCCUAUAUUCAAUUCCAUAAUUACUUCACAUCAAGAAUCAUGUACAUUUUCUGAAAAGUGUUGGCCUAGAAAGUAUGAUUAAUUUUUUUAAACUUGAAAACAAAUGACACACUCUACAUAAUGUGAUACUGCAAAUAUCAAUGCAAAACCUUUUGUAAAACAUGAUAAUAUGCUUUUGUAGAUUGGUAUGUUUUUGUCAUUACUUUAUUUUGUGUUGCAAUAUUUCACACACAGAGGUUGAAACUAAUAAAACACUGCAGAGGAAA